GAAGGUUGUGUUGUAAAAUAUUACGAAAUCAUUGAAAUGGAGACGACAAUGCAGAAUGUUGUUGCAUUAGUAACUGGUGGAGCCUCUGGAAUGGGGAAAUGCGCUGCCGAAAUGAUAAUCAAAAAUGGAGGAAAAGUAGUCAUCGCAGAUGUGAAUACUGCGGGAGAAGAUGUUGCCACAGAGAUGGGAGAAAAUGCCGUCUUUAUUCAGACCAAUGUCACAUCUGAAAAAGAUGUUAUGGAAGCAUUGAAACUGACCAAAGAAAAAUUCGGUAAGCUCAAUGUCCUCAUAAACUGCGCUGGAAUAAUCGGUGGAGAGCCUUUCUACGACUUCGACAUUGAUCAGCCUCAUUCAAUAGACGGUUGGAACAAAUAUUUCGAGGUGAACACCUUCGGGACAUUCAACGUCAUUCGACUUGCAAUGGCAAUGAUGAAGGAAAAUGAACCAGAUAAGGAUAAACAGAGGGGUGUUAUCAUAAACAUUGGUAGCAUUGCUGGUUACGGUAUUUCUGAUGGAUACCUAGCAUAUGGUGCUUCAAAGGCCGCUGUUAUGUCCAUGACUGAACCACUGGCCAGAUUCUUGGCUCCGCUGGGAAUUCGGGUGCUUGCACUUGCACCCGGCUUGUGCGAUACAACGAUGCUUACAAAUACACUUUCUACCGAAGAGCAAAAUUUCUUCAUCAAUGAAACAAUGAAUCCAGUGAGACUGGGAAAACCAGAGGAAAUGGCACAUUUGAUGAAAUGUCUGAUCGAGAAUCAUUUUAUGAAUGCUGAGGUCAUUCGCAUCGACGCUGGACACCGUCCUUGCAACAAGAAGUGCAAUCCAAUCAAUUAACUUUUUCUUCCUUUCGAUUCCAUAGUGGAGUGUUGGAACGAGAUGAGUUUAUCCAUUUUCACGAUGAAUUGUUGAUGAAUAUAUUGGAAUAUAACGUGAAUAAACGUAUUUGUAUAGAAACUUCUUUUGAAGCGCGACUCUUGACAAAAAUCUGUAUAAAAAUGUUACUAUUUUUCUGAAAUUCCGAGAAAUUCAAAGACUGACUCCGAGCUGAAAUGGACUCAUCUCGAUCAACCAUUUCACCACUAAAUAAGGCAUCUCAAUAUGGUUUUUACAUGAUGUUUUUUCCUCAUACCUCUCAAUAUCAAAUUGUACUAAAGAAUUGAUUGUCCUUUUUUUAAAUUUCACUCUAUGCAGAUCACUAUCUUUUAUAUGCAUGAAACUUUCAUUCUAACAAGAGCUAUGUUGAAGUAAAUCAAAAACAGCAAUUUAUUUUUGAACUAAUUGUGCAUUUCAUUUAUGCAGAGCGAUUGCGAUUGUGAUUGUGAUAUGUCAUCUGGACCUUUUCCAUGAUUAAUAAAAGUUCAUCAUCUUUCGUACUAUUGUAGAUAUCGAAAUUCUAAAAAUUUUCUCAUGAAA